GAUUCCGUCAAGCUCAAUAUGGCCUACGUGCUCUCCCUCCGCCCGCAGAGUCCCCUCAAGCGCUCCUUCAGCGACAAUCCCUAUCUCCAGUCACCUUCCCCUCUGAAAGAUGUCACUAUCGGCGCACUUCGCGAUAUAACCACCCGAAACACAUCAGUAUGUUCGUUGUACUCAGUCGACUCUUUGAGACCAGGACAAUGGAUUCGCGGCACCGAGAACACACCAUCGCCACGGGGCUCCCGUUCCGUGCUCGACCUUGUACCCGAGAAGCAAAAGGCUCUCUCCCCCGCUGAAAGUUUGCCUCGGAAGCGAAACUGUGGUCCAAACCGACCGCCGCCUUCCCUGUCGAGAGUCCACGGCCCUUCCGAACCAUAUUCGAAGAGUGUCAUAAAACGCUCACCUAUCCAGUCGCUUCCCGAGAAUGACCUUGUAUGUCCGGCGCCUAUCACUGCCAGCAACACUACAGACGAUGAAACUGAGUUCAUCAAUCUGUACGAGGCGAUGCACACUCCCCUUCCACAGGGCUGCUCUUCCGACAAUACCAAUGUUGAGCGUCAACAUGAAUCAGUUAAGAUACCCGACGUUGUCGCUGAUUCCCAACCUUUUCGCCGGUGGAUGAGUACGUUGAGACGUCGGCAUAUACAAAAGAACAAGCAGCGUGCAUAUCGAGCGCCUACGGUGGAAACAGAGACGGAAGGAAGCGAAGUGUAUCCACGGUUGCCGCCUAACUCUGUAGAUGAGGCCGUCCGCCGAAUGUCAGAGUCGAUAACAUCGUCUAUGGGGUGUGUGGUCACAAUGAAGUCUGCAUCAAUCACCGUGGCGAGUGCCAGUAUUUACCCUCAGGCCGAAUCAACUGCUCUACGCGGCGUGGUUCGUUUAGGCAACAGGAGUGCGCAGUGUUCAGAUGUGCGAAAAUCGACGGACAGUCACGGGGGGAGUAUGGGUACGAUCAUGGACGAGGGUGCCUGGUUGCGAUCCCUUUCCCGACGCAAAGUUGUAGAGGAGCUCAUCUCGUCGGAGGAGAGCUACAUUUCCGACUUGAAAGUCCUAAUUAAUGAUUACUUUAUAAUCUUAACCUCAGUCCCUACGCUACCGGUCCAAACACGGACAGCAAUACAACAAAACAUUUCACAAAUUUUGCAAUUACACGAAGACCUGCUGGCCGAUCUUCAACAAGCCGUUCCGCAAGCAGACUUGACUCACAGCGCACAACAAGAAAACCUUCCAGCAACCAGGGCCAAGCAUAUUCGUUUUCACAGCGCAGACCUCAUUCCAGGGCGGUUUCAUGACCACAACAUCUCACGAAGGCUCAGACACUCUCUCGAUAGCAUUGGCAGACCGUCUGAGCAGCGACCACAGGGCAUAACAACAGAUACCAUAACAGUGGGGGAAAUUGCUCGAAUAUUCAAUAAACACAUGAAGCGGUUCUUCAUAUAUGAGGAGUAUGGUGCUCAUUGGACGACCAUGUCUCAAGAUCUCACGUCCACGUGCAAGAACAUGCAUGGUUGGCAAGAGUAUGAACGAGGGGUUGAGGCACUAUCGAAAGUAGUAGCUUCUGAGAAUAAUCGGCAGACAAGCAGUCGCAAGGCUUUGAGCUUUCCUGAUCUUCUCAUCAAGCCUAUUCAAAGAGUGUGUAAAUACCCGCUGCUGUUUGACGACUUGUGCCGCCAUACCCCCGUGUACGAUGAUCCGGAAGUCCAUGCCGAGCUGGGCAAAGCGCUAUUCCGUCUACAAGAAACGAUUCGAGAAGUGAACAAAGCGAAAGAUGACCCCAAAACCCGGCGUUUGAUAGAAAUUACGUGGCAGUUGCAGGACAGGUUACUCUACCCAGAGCAGACCAUUCCAAGAGCCCUUGUAUUUCGCCUACUUGGACACGUUCUUCUUUGCGGGGUCCUGCAUGUCGCAUACUCAACUCCAGAGCGACCCAGGGGACAAUACAUGGUUUGCGCUCUCUACAAAUCAUGCCUUGUGAUUGCAACUAGCAAUCGUGGAUACACCCCCUACCAGGUUGUCGCUUCUAUUGCGCUUGCAAAUGCCUCUAUUGAAUUGCCUGAUAAUGGCCGCGGGCUUCAGUGUCACACUGCACCCAACACUUGGAAGCUGGUUUUCGAGCAUGGGCAUCGCCUGCACGAGGUUCUUCUGAGCGCCUGCUCUACGCAAGAAGAGGAUGUAUGGAAGGCACAAUUGCGUCAACGCAUCACGUGUGAGACCCAAGAAAUCAACGAAGGGCAAUUCACUAUGCAUGAUAUGUUCUCAUCCUUAGCCUUGGACAUCAAAUCUAUCGGGCCAGUUUUUGGGCAUGCAAACAAUCUGGUGCGACGCAUGUCAGUCCACCGUGCUGCUACGCUUGGCUCAAAGCAAUCCACGACUCAAGUUAUCAUCAAGAACACUCAAGCACAGAAAAUGCAGGAGCCCCCGCCGGCGUUCGCACCCACUCCAGUUACUCGAUCUCAGUCUCACCUAUCAACCAACCAUAUCCCUACUUUGGCUCCCAGGAGGACAGAGCGACUACGCCUCGAGGCAGCACUGGAAGAUGUUUGGACGAAAGACUUGCUACCAUACCCUGGAAUGGGCAAUCGAAGAGUUGAGAACCAGAUUCGCGCGUCAGCCAACUCGGUGAUGAGGAAAUUGAGCAUGGCCAGCAUUGCAAGCAACUUCUCUCGUCGCUCCCCUAGCUACUCGAGCAUGAGCAACACGCGAUCUGAGGACUCUUUCGGAAGCAAAGUAACAAAGAUGUCACAAGGAAAUUUGCGCGCCCGCUCUGCAGCAGAUCGUCGAGCGGCACCUGCAGUGGUCGACUUCCACAACGCCCCCGCUGCGUUCUUGCCAACGGACUUUGAAUUGCAAGAUAUACGCCCGUCAGCUCGACGCCGAAGACUCGCAAAUCGAGCGACAGGCACGGAACGCGGCAGCGAGAAACUCACGCCUAACAGACCGAAACGCACGCGCCGCCUUUCGUCACACCUUAUGAAUCUUCCUCGGACAGACGUAAGCAGUCGGGUGGAAACAAGAAUGUCAUCAAUGGCAUCUCAAUCGACCGUAAUACGUUCGAGCGACACAGGUACAGAAACAACAGUACAUGUACGCAGUAAUGAGGUUGUAACACACAAGAGGAAGGAGGCGAGCGACCGAGGCUCGCAGAAGGACAACGCGUCACCACCCCUUGCCAAACGGUUUCUGAAGAACAAAAGCAAGGUCUUUAGGUUUUGGGCAUGA